GCCAUAUUUGUAAUACUAUAACCACCUAUUAACCUCCUCUAUAUUUUCUGUUUAUACUUUAUCCUUGACUGAUCUUUUGCGUGUACUUGUUUGCUGAAGGCAGUUCAAUUCCUGUUCCCCGAUGGAAAAUAACUUCAAUCAAUAUCCAGGUUUUGGAACUACAAAAUCAUCUCUGAAUCGCUCAGUUAACCCUAAUUUAGCCAAAAGUUUUCCUUCAUCUUUAAAUAACCAAGAUACAGUUUCUUCGCUUUUACCAGAUUUGUCAUCCAAUAUUUCUGUCAGUCCAAUGACAUGUGGAUCGCGAAAUAUUCAUGUUAACAAAGCUCUUUAUUAUCAUAACCAUGAUAAAGAUUUGAAUCCAAGCAGCUUAGAACACAAAGCUGAGCGUGUAUACUACAAUCCUAAGUUUUUAAAAAAUAAUACUAAUAUCUUACCAAACCAAUUUUCAACUUCUCAGAUGAAAAUUAACAAACAUAUAUUUAAAAAACAAGAACCAAAUAUAUAUGUAAAUCCACAUUUUAUUAAGAAAGAUAAUUCUAAUGCAGUUAAUACCCCCAAAAAAUCAAGCUUAUUGAUAAAUCCAUUAUGUAGAAGUGGUAUCCAUUUUAAUCCUAAAUUUUUUAAAGAACCAGUUCUUUCGAAAAACAAUGAAAUUACAACACCUUUGAAUAAUCAAACUCCUCAAGAAAGUCAUAAUUCAGAUGUAUCGAAUAAAAGUUGUUCACUGCCCCGUUACAUAUCAAAAUAUAAACUUAUUAGGAAAAAGACUAAUUCUACUAAUAUUAGUAAGUGUAAUCUUAAAAAGUCAAAUACUUCCCUUUUGAGAAAAUUCAAAUCAAGAGAAAAACUGUAUCCAAGUACUUAUACUUACUUAAACAAGUAUGCCUUUAAAAAACACUUAAAUGAUAAAACACCAUUAAAUUCCUAUAAAAAAAUAAAACAAUCUAUUCUAAAUUCUCCUAAACCUGUUGUGAAAUUAAAGGAAAUACAUGGUUCUGAAGCUAGAAUGAUUAUCAUAAAUCAAAAGAAAUCUAUUCUCCAACAAAAAAUUGAAGCUAGAAGAAAAGGAAAGUCAUUUGCUAUGUAUGCAUUUAGGAAUUAUUUGUCCAACUCUAAGUACAAAUACAGGAAAACUCAAGAGACAUUGUUGAAGUUUAGUGAAGUAUCUCCUAAAAGUCAUUACAGUAAACAUCAUUACCAUAAAGCAAACAAUCAAAUCAUUAGUGAUCAUGCUGACAAAUCUGUGUUUAAAACAAUUAGUAAGAUGAAAUUAGUGAGGAAAUCAAUACUGCAGACCCAGAUUGAAUCAAGACGAUAUGCCAAGAAAUCCUUACCAUUGCAAAGAGUAUCACGAAAAAGCGAAAGUCAUGUGUCAAAGUAUAAAAUAGUGAAUUCUUCAGUAGUAUCGAAAAGGAAUUUAUCAUCACAAAAAAUGGUAACUGGAAUAAAGAAAAAUCCUAUGACAUUUUCAUCUAAGAAUUACAGGACGGAUAAACUAAAAAGGCUUCAUAACUUAACAAAAAAACUAAGGAAAAAUAACCAACCUUGUUCUUUCUAUAAUCGAUAUGGUCGUUGUAAGGGAAAAGAAAAAGGUAUUUGUCCAAAAGUACAUGACCCAAAAUAUGUAUCAAUUUGUAAAAAAUUUUUGAAAGGAGAAUGUAAGGGAGAAGAUUGUACUCUGUCUCAUGAUAUAAGACCUGAGAAAAUGCCCACUUGUUAUCAUUAUUUAGCAGGGCUUUGCAAGAGAACUAAUUGCCCUUAUCUUCAUAUUAAAGUCAACUGUAAAGCUCCAAUAUGCCGUGCUUUUCUGUUGGGAUUUUGUGCUGAUGUUUACACUUGUGAUAAGAGACAUGAGUUCAUUUGUCCUGUGUUUGUGGAAAAGGGUUAUUGCUUAAAAGGUAAGUCUUGCAGUUUGCCUCACCGAACUCCAACUACACAUAGCAAACUCCUUGAGCCAGAUCAGUUUCCAUUACUAAAUGAUAAAAAACAGAAAAAAUACCGUCGUUCUGAGGUAAGUAAAACAGACAAGCAUUUAGAAUGUAAGGAAAGAGUUAUUGAAAAAGACAGUACUUCUAGUAAUAAAGAAGUUGACCUCAAAAAAACAGAUGGGAAAAAAUCUUCAAAACAUUUUCAAAGGUAUUUUUUGGUAUCCUUAACAUCUAAUGAAUCAGUUGAAAAUGAUAAUGAAACUAUUAGUACAACCUCUUGUCAAUGUAAAGAUGAUGAAUGACUGUUGAGAAAAAAAAAAGUGUAAUAUUUAUAUUAAUUAUAUUGUUGUAAAUAUUGUAUUUUUUUAAAAGGACAAUUGUAAAUUUUACCAAAUUGAAGCAUUUCAAGAGUGUGAACACAAAUCUAUUUGAAGACUGAAUUAUUGAAUAAAAAAUAAAUUAAAAAAGAAAGUAUGUAUAAAUUCAUCAUAAAUUUGUGUGUGUGUAUAU